CUUUGAGUAAAACUAUGACAAACAAAUUGAAACAGAGCUAACUUGAAAAGAAUGGCGGAGACUUGCCGAAAGGAAGGUCAUGGCGUAGGGGGAGGAGUAAGGCGUGGGCUUUUAGUCUGGUGGACUUUCCACGGAAUGAGUGUGACGUUGAAGCACGCCAUUUUGACUACGUAACGCUAAGAAAAAGUAAACGAAUGAAAUGUGAGAGAGGAAGACGAAGAAAUUAACAGAGCUGAAGAAUUUUCAUUUUCAUUGGCUCUGAAGAAUUUCAUAAUUGGUUCUGAAGAAUUUAUCAUACUAUCCCAUUGACCCGGUCAUUAAUUAAUUGUCUUCCUCUUUUAGUCCGUUGCUUGUCUUUGUCUCCUUCCUCUUUGAAACUUCCUCAUAUCUUCUUUUCUUUAAUUCUUUAUCAUCUUUUUCCCUUUUAAUUUCUCUAAAUUUAUGAGCUUUUUCUGCUUUUUUCAGAGACCCAAAUCCAGAGGGUCCAUACUUUGGAGUUUGGAGUUCUUGAAUACAAUACAAGAGUGCUACAGUGUAGAGUAAAAAUGGUGUUUUGGAGAUUGGUUAUGUUACUAAUUACGCUGAUUUCAAUUUCCUUUCAGCAAUCCAACGCACAUUCUUUCGUACAUUUAGCUCAGCCUCCAGAUUUCCGAUCGAAAUUAGAUAAUCAGUUUGCCCCAUCACCAAGCUAUGUCGCUGCAGCUAACGCGAAUUUAGGUACUAAUCAAGCCCCAGUAGGCCAACCAACGGCCGCUUUUGCUAGUGUUAGCUGCACCGGAGCGUCUAAUAAGUGUGUGGAUGAUCAUAUCAGUAUGACUGCCUGCUUUUUUCCUUCCAAGAAAGGACAUGAGGAAUCAUUUUUGCUCGUCCACAACAACGGUGAGAACCCUUUGAUGCUGAAGGUCAAUGUUUCACCUGCAAACAAAGCGUAUGAUAAUGUUCAGAUACCAAGACAUGAUGUCAAGCAGAUCAAUAUCCCGUCUAAAAUUGGAGCGAGUUCAUCAACAAUUAUGCUAGACGCUGGAACUGGGAAAUGUACGAUUGACAUCAGACGUUCAGUAUGGCAAGGCUUCUUUAACUUGCCAUAUUCUUAUACCACGUAUAUUACCCCCACGAAUGGGGCAUAUUUGCUAGGUGUAACAGCUCUUCUAAUCGGAGGAAUAUUCAUCUGCUGCAAGUUAAGAAAACAGGAUCGACAUCUUGAUGGCGUUGCAUAUCAGGAACUUGAAAUGGGAAAACCAGAACUUCAAUCUUCCAUCAAGUUGGAAACUAACACUGAAGGGUGGAAUGAGAGUUGGGACGACGAUUGGGAUGAAGAAGAGGCAGUGAAGUCACCUGGUGGAAAAAACAUUAGCAGAAAACUAGCAAAUGGUUUUGAUGAUUCGCAUCAUAGUUAACAUAAAGACAGAUUUUGUUGCAUUUUCUUGAAGAUUCAUAGGAAAAACUUAAGGGUGAGAAGUAUAUAGAGUAGAUGUUAAACAGGAAUAGGAAACUGCUACAGAGUAACAAUUUUAAACAUUUCGAGUUGUGGUGGGACCAGUUAAGUUCUAACGUCCCAGUUUUCGUUGGAACCAAAUUUAUAUGUUAUGAUUCUCUAUAACAAUAUUUUACUAUAGCAGUCAAAAAAUAUCAGAACAAACAAAGCUCUUAUAGAGAGAUUUUGACUGUACUUUACUUUUUCUUUUUUCAUUCUGAAUAUGCCUAUAGUUUUCUAA